AUGGGUGAUCAAGACAAUGAAAAUAGAGAAGUAUUCCUAGAUUAUUUCUUUUGUAACCAAAAAAGAAUGAAGUUCGUGAUUCUCUGUGCUCUGGCUUUGGUAGCGGUGGUUUCAUCUCGCCCAGAAACUAAGUACACAGAUCGUUUUGACAAUAUCAAUGUCCCAGAAAUUUUAGCCAACAAGCGCCUACUUUCUGCUUAUGUUUCGUGCGUGCUUGAGACUGGCAAGUGUACAAACGAGGGCCGCGAACUCAAAUCUCACAUUAGAGAGGCUAUGGAAAAUGAAUGUGCAAAAUGUACUGAAGUGCAACGCAAAGGCACAAGAACUGUCAUCGGACAUUUGAUCAAUCAUGAAACGGAAUACUGGAACCAGCUCGUCGCCAAAUACGACCCAGAUCACAAAUAUGUUGUUAAAUAUGAGAAAGAACUUAGAACUAUUAAAGCU